AAGACAGCUGACGAUCUUCAGUCAUAAUUCAAUGGGAGACCCUCAGCAGAAAUGAACAGCGCCCCCCCUGCAGGAAGUGCUCUGACCCCUGGGAGCACAACGGGCCCCACCACGCCCAAAAAGGGACCCCCCAAAUUCAAGCAAAGGCAGACGCGUACAUUCAAGAGCAAGGCACCAAAGCCAGGCCAGAAAGGAUUUGGCGAUGAUAUCCCCGGCAUGGAGGGUCUCGGCACAGACAUCACGGUGGUUUGCCCCUGGGAAGCCUUCGGCGACAUGGAGCUCAGCGACUUGGCCAAAUACGGCAUCAUCUAAACCUGCUGCCUUCCUCUCCUUCCUGCACCUUUCCUCCGCUUAAUCCCCUCCUCCCGGCUCGGCACGCCGCGAUAAGGCUGCCCGAGAAACCCCCUAAUGCCCUCUCAUGCUUCGCUCCACUAAGUGGAUAGAAAAGCAUAAAUAUGGAGUUAUUUCUAUUAUUACAUAAUUACUGUUUAUAUUAUAUAUAUAUAUAUAUAUAUAUACUUGAAAUGAGAAGACGAGAAAAACCACCUCUGUUAUUCCCCUCAUCCAUCUUUGAUAGUCCUUUCCUUUCCACCUCUCCCCCUUCGAUACUAAUCACCCACGGUAAUGGACGCAAGCAAAACACUAGUCAUUACUAGAGUGUAUUUGCUUUUAGCUGUCUAUAAAAAUGUAAAUAUUUUGUUCUCAGCAUUUUGACCUUGUACUUCCAUCCUACCUUUUGUACUUCCUCCUGCUUUUAUUUUGCGUUGUAUUUUGUACUCCUUGUGAACACCAGGUUACUGUGAACACCAGGGGAUGCAAGGAGAGCGUGCAAUAUUGCUGUAAUGGUGAAAACUACAAAGGGUUUUUCACUUGAUCAUGGAGGAUUAACUCCCUUUUAUCCCAAGUCUAUCUCCUUGCUGCUAUCUGAACCCAUGUCCCUCUCCUUAGAGCAAACAAAAGCAUGUACUGUUUGUUUUGUGCUCCUAGCACAACACCACACAUAAUGUACUGUGAACGGUCCUGAUAGCCGCAAUAAAAUUAGAAUA